AUGUCCCCGAGAAUACAUAAAAGUUUAUCCACUUCACAAGCCAACCUCAUAAAUAAGGUCCAAUUGGCUAGUGGAUCACCACGCUCCACAACGAACACGACGGCAGCCAAGGGCUCCUCAGCCGCGAAGCGGUCACAUCGAGGCUCGUUUGCCUCCAAGAUCUCUUUCACAGGCAAUGCCAGAAGUGACAUGGAAGCUAUCUUUAACCGGCUUCUUAACUGUGACCGAGUUGAGGGGGUGGAUGCAUAUGGGAUGAAAGGCAUUUACAGUCUUUGCGGGGAACUAGGAAUACAACCGGACUCUUUUGAGAUGUAUGCACUAAUUUGGAAAAUAGGUGUCACACGGGGCGAUUGUGUUCCCCGCGUGGACUGGCUUAAAGCAAUGUACACAUACAAAAUUGGUCAGCUACAUGAUUUGAAGAGGAUUCUUGUGGAGUGGGUGGAAGAAGCCAGAGGGGACUCCUUCAAGGAGUUUUACAAUGCUCUUUACGAUUUUAUCCGUGGUGAGGGGGCUCGUCUUAUGCCUCAUAAAAUGGCCGUGAAGGCUUGGGCAGUGCUUUUUCAAGGAAAACCUUGCAUACUACCUUGGAUUAACUGGUGCUCAACUGUCUAUAAGCAGGACGUUACCCGCGAUCUGUGGAGACAGAUAGAGGUUUUCUUGUCUACCGUCCCAACCAACGAGGCCUACAGUGCAGACGGCAAGUGGCCGACUGCCAUAGACAACUAUGUGGAAUGGUGUAAAAGCUCCUUCGUGAUAUUUUUUCCCUUGUUGAUUUUAUUAACAUUCAUCCGUCCCUUUUCUGUUCAUUUCAUUCUCCCCAAUGUAUAA